AUGACGGCGAUUUGGUGGCUUUUGUUAGCGCGUCAGGCCCUGUCAGCCGGAAACCAACACCCCGAGUCCUUUCGGUACCGGUUCCGUCCUCAUCAGCUGGCGUCGUCAACAAGAAAAGCUUGCACUUUCCAUGUGCGGAACUCCUUCCUUCUCGAAGUUUGGUGUGCGUCAGCGAACAAUAUUUUCAUAGCCGAGCUUGAAACAUGGAUCUGCGCUGGGAAACUCCGAUUCGAUGAAAUAGCUAAGGUAGGUAUCUUUCCUCCCAAAUCGCCAGCUUUCAAAUGCCAAAACCCAUGGACGCGAAAGGCGGGCAAGCCAGCGCAACUUGGCUGGGAGAUUGACCGAUCACAGCUCGGAGAAUUUAAGACGCCAAGAUGUCAAGACAUGGCAGGUGAGUUCAGAAACGUCGCCCUAGUGAAGCCGGCGCUCGAGAGCAGAGCCAAGUGA